GAAGAUGGAGAGAGCAUUGUAUUUUAUUCAUUUCUUAUUUGAGUAGCGAUUAGUAAAGGGGGACCGGGUUAGGGAGAAGAAAGUCAGAAAUGGCUUCAUCCUACGACGUGUUCUUGAGCUUCAGAGGUCCAGACACACGCAACAACUUCACGAGCCACCUCCACAGCAAAUUAGUUGCGUCUGGAAUCCAUCCCUUCAUCGACGACGAAGAACUAGAGAGAGGGGAAGAAAUAUCACCGUCAUUGAUCAGGGGAAUCGAAGGGUGUAGGAUAUCUCUCAUAGUCUUCUCAGCGAACUAUGCGAGUUCAAAAUGGUGUCUUGAUGAGCUGGUGAAGAUCAUGGAGUGUAGAAAAACAUUGGGGCAUACUGUUUUUCCAAUAUUCUAUCGUGUUGAGCCUUCAGAUGUCAGGCAUCAGACGGGUAGUUUUGCGGAGGCAUUUGUACAACAUAAAGCUGCAAAUAGAUCUGCAGUGAAAGUAUCCAGGUGGAUAGCUGCUCUUCAUGAAGCUGCAAAUUUGUCUGGCUUCCAUCUUAGUACUACUUCUAAUAGGGGUGAGGCAGGGUUUAUCGAUGACAUUGUUGACCAGAUUGGUAGACGGCUGACCAACACAUACUUACAUGUAGCCGACUACCCAAUUGGAAUAGAUUCUCGCGUUGAAGAGAUUAGUAAAUCAUUAUGUGUUGGAGCAGAUGAUGAUGUUCACAUGGUUGGAAUUUGGGGUAUGGGUGGAAUAGGCAAAACAUCUGUUGCUAAAGCCAUCUAUAACAAAUUUUAUCGUAGUUUUGAAGGUACAAGUUUUCUUGCAAAUGUUGGGGAAACUGCGAAGCAGUCAAAUGGUAAGAUCAUUUUGCAAGAAACACUUCUUUCUGAUAUCUUAAGACCAACCGAGAUAGAAGUAGGUAAUCCUGAUAGAGGGAUCAUUGUGAUAAAAGAAAGACUUAGAAAGAGAAAGGUACUUGUCAUUGUUGAUGAUGUAGACGAUGUGGACCAAUUAACUGCAUUAGCCAUAAGGCAUGAUUCAUUUGGUCCAGGAAGUAGAAUUGUUAUAACUACAAGAGAUCAACAUUUGCUAGAGCAACUUAAAGUGUCGAUACAUCUGACUCGUGAAAUGAAUAAAGAAGAAGCUCUGGAGCUCUUUAGUUGGCAUGCAUUUCAAAAUUAUUGUCCUGAUGCAGAAUUUUUGGAGCUCUCAAGAACUGUGGUUACCUACUGUGGAGGUUUACCACUGGCUCUUGAAGUUUUAGGGUCUUUUCUCUUUGGAAGGAAGGACGUAAGAGAUUGGAAAAGCACAUUGAAGAAAUUGGAAAGAAUUCCUGAUGGAAAAAUUCAGAAAAAGCUCAAAAUAAGCUAUGAUGCAAUUGAUGAGAACCAGAAGAACUUAUUCCUUGAUGUAUCUUGUUUCUUCAUUGGAAUGGACAAGAACCAUGUCAUAAAUAUACUCGAGGGCUGUGGUCUUUCUGCAGCAAUAGAUACCAGUGUCCUCAUUCAGCGUUGCCUUUUAGUUGUUAGUGAAAAAAACAAACUCACAAUGCACAAUUUGCUUCGCGACAUGGGCAGAGAAGUUGUUCGUGAACAAUCCCCCGAAGACCCUGAAGAACGUAGUAGAUUGUGGUGUCAGGAAGAUGUAUUAGAUAUAUUGACAGAGGGAUCUGGAACUAAGGAGAUUAAAGGGCUUGCUCUGAAUCUGCAAAGAUCUCAGAAAAAGACUUUCAGAACACAAGCAUUUAGAAAGAUGAAGAAACUGAAAUUGCUCCAACUCAACUAUGUAGAGCUGAUUGGAGAGUACGACCAUCUUUCCAAAAAUUUGAGAUGGCUCUGCUGGCAUGGAUUCUCUCUAAAGUCCAUAGGAACUGAUUUUCUUAAUCAAGGAAACCUGGUUUCUAUGGACCUGCAGUACAGCAAUCUCGUACAAGUUUGGGAGCAUCCCAGGGUGCUCAAGGAGUUGAAGAUUCUUAAUCUCAGUCAUUCACAUUAUCUAACACAAUCACCAGACUUUUCAAAACUCCCAAAUCUUGAGUAUUUGAUCAUGAAGGGCUGUAAGAGUUUGUCAGAGAUGCACCAGUCUAUUGGAGAUGUUAAAAGAGUUGCUUUGGUAAACCUUAAAGACUGCAAAAUGCUUAAGGACCUUCCAAAGAAUUUCUAUAAGUUGAGAGGUAUUGAAACUCUUGUUCUUUCUGGCUGCUCAAGAUUUGAGAAUUUUGUUGAGGACAUAGGGGAGAUGACAUCACUGAAAACUCUUGCUGUAAGUGGCACAGCCAUAAGUCAAGUACCACCCUAUAUAGGAAGAUUGACAAACCUGAACUACUCAUCUGUACAAGGCCUGGUUCGCCUGAAACUAAGGUUCCCGGAUGUGCCAAAAAAUUAUUUUCCUCAUGAGUAUACCUCUUUGAUGUAUUGCAAUUUGGAAGGCAGUAAUGUUCAUAACCUUCCACAACCCAGUGGCAUUUCCCAUCUUGAACGUCCAUGUUUCUAUAAUUGCACACACCUUCCUGCAAGUGGAGAUUUACCAGAUCACUGCACUGCACUUGCAAUAAUUCCAAAUUCAAACUCUUCUGAAGCGUCGAGGCAGAGCAUCCUACAGGGAUUGACUGCAACGGGAGAUGGUGGCAUUUAUUUGCCGGGAAAUGAUUUUCCAAAGCAGUUCACAUAUGUCAGAGAAAGUGACCAAGUCUUUUUCCAAGUGCCUCAAACUAACUUACAAGCUUUCGCUGUGUGCGUAGUUUGUUCUUCUUGUUUUGACGAGGACAUGUCUCCAAGUGGUAUAUCCAUUUUUGUUACAAAUUAUACCAAGCGCAUUCGCUUUGUUGUCAAGCCAACUCCUCUCACCGAAAUAACUUCACAUGAAGUUAUUUGGCGGGUAAAUUUGUUAAACGAUCAGUUCAAUUUGGAAGGUGAUGACUUUGUGAAGGUUGAAGUUGCAAUUGGAUCUGGUUUCAGAGUGAAGAAAACUGGGGUCAGUCUUGUAUGGGAUCCCAAACUUAUCAAUGAAAAUACGAUCGAGUGCGAGCCUAUCCCAUACAAAUACUUUCCAAGUGAUGCUGAUAAUCCGGCAGGAGGCCAUUACUACAAUAUAAAGUCGUCCUCCUCAUCGCCGCUGCCAUCAUAUUCAUCUUCCUCGCGACACUGGAAGUACGAGGUGUUCUUGAGCUUCAGGGGUGAAGACACAGGAAGGACCUUCACGGACCAUCUCUACGCGGCACUAGAUCGUGCCGGAGUUGUGACGUUUAGGGAUGCCGAGGGACUAAGAAGUGAAGAAAACAUAUCAGAGGAAUUGGUGCGGAUAAUCCAAGAGUGUAGGAUCUCUCUCAUCAUCUUCUCAGAGAACUACGCGGAUUCAAGUUGGUGUCUCGAGGAGCUGGUGCAGAUCCUGGAGUGUAGAAAAACACGGGGGCAGUUGGCUUUCCCAGUGUUCUAUUAUGUUGAUUCUUCUCAUGUCAGAAACCAGGCCGGUAGUUUUGGUAAGGCAUUUAAGAAUCAUGAAGCUAGAGAAACGGAAGACAAGAUAUCCGGGUGGAGAGCUGCUCUCACGGGAGCGGCGAAUUUGACUGGCUAUGAUACUUCUGUUUGUCGGGUCGAAGGAAUUUGUAUUGAAAUAAUUGUUGACAAGAUUUGCGAAAGCUUAGGCAAAGGCAUCUUGUUAGUGCCUCGCGAGGCGAUUGCUUCAAGGCUCAUGUAAGUACAUAGGGUCUUUCUGUUUUAAAAGAGUGUAUGAGAUUGGGAAAGCGCACUGAAGAAAGUGGAAUAAAUUCCUGAGGCCAGAAUUCAGUCAACUCUCAGAAUAAGCUAUGAUGCAAUGGAUAAGAGCUGGAAGAACAUACUCCACCUAUAUGUUGUUUCUUCAUUGGAAUGGACAAGGAAUAUGUCACACAUACUGGAGGGCUGUGGUUUUCCUCCAGCAAUAGAAAUCAGUGUCUUGCUCGAACGUUGCCUUGUAACUGUCAGUGAGAAAAACAAGCUCAUGAUGCAUGAAUUGCUUCGAGACAUGGGCAGAGAGGUUGUUCCUGAAGAAUCACCUAACUGUAACUGCCCUAAAAGACGUAGUAGAUUGUGGCGUCCGGUCUGUGGAGGCUUCUGUUAACAGGGAACUGAAGAGACUGAAGUACUAGCUCUAAACUUGCAAAGAUCUGACAACAUGAGAGUUUCGAUACAGAAGCAUUUAGGAACAUGAAGAGACUGAAAUUGCUCCAAGUCAAGUAUGUACAACUCACUGGAAACUGCGACAAGUUUCCCAGAAAGUUAAGCUGGCUUUGCUUGCGAGGAUUCUCUCCACAGGUCAUACGAAAUGUGUUUCUUAAUGAAACAUACCUGGUUUCUAUUGACCUGCGGUACGGCAAUCUUGUACGAGUUUGGGAUUUUUCCAGGUGGCUUGGGAAAUUUGAGAUACUUAAUCUCAGUCAUUCACAUUAUCUAACACAAUCACCAGACUUUUCACAACUCCCAUAUCUACGGUAUUUGAUCCUUAAAGACUCUGUAAGUUUGCCAGAGAUUGACAAAUCCAUUGGACUUCUUUAUGGACUUACCUUCCUAAACCUUAAAGGCUGCACGAUGCUCAAGGACCUUCCGGAGGACUUUUAUUACUUGAAUUACGUUGAGACUCUGUUCUUUCUGGCUGUUCGAGAUUUCAAAAUUUGAGCAAGAAUAUAGGAUAUAUGUCUUUGUUUUUUUGAAAUAAAUAAAUAUAUGUCUUUGUUGAGAACUCUUCUUAUAAGUGGCACAGCCAUCAGUGAAGUACCAUCCUCCGUAGAUAAGUUGUGGAACCUGGACUUUUCAUCUCGACAAGGCCUGAGCGGACUAAAACGAUCUUUACAGGAAGAGACAUCAGGACCUAGCCAGGAUGAGAUAUCAGGACCUAGCCAAUCCGAGUAUGAAUUCUGAUCGGAGAAUAAGCAGAGAAAGCUGAAAGUGAAGUGUUGAAGGAAGCUGAUGUGUUGAUGGACCUCAGAUUGUUAACUUCAGAUCUUUUCUCUGAAUCUUGGUGUUAUGUUGCUGUUGCUGUCAUAGGAGUAGCCGGUACCCUUCUUUUUCCUCAUGUCAGACUCAUGAUGUUUCUGUGCAGUUUUAAUCCAUGAUUUCUCUGAGCAGUAUUAAUAAGGGUUGGAUAUUCCAUUUACACUCAUUAGUUGUUUCAACGCUAAUCUUGGAAAAGUGGCAAAUAUGUUUUUGUAAGAAAAAAAUAAUAAGGUUUUUGUCCAUUUAUCCCAUUUUUAGGGAUUUUUUUCCCACU